AUGGAUCGCACGAACCGGGGUGGUUGGUUGUUGGGCGAGGAAAAGGCCUCAAGAGCCGAAUUAAUGCUGGGCGGAGCGGAUGAGGAAGCGCCUACGACAUCUACAAGCAGGGCGGCCAUCAAAACGACGACAAUUGGGAAUGACGGGGUGAGAUACUGCCAAGGUCAGUACCCUUACGUGAUGGGAUACAUGCGCUGGCACAUGCUAGAGCAAGCAAGGGGCGGGAGCUGA